AUGAACAAUGUGGAGUUCGCAUUCUUCUUCCAUACUUUGUGCUUCACGUUUCGGGUGAUUAUGGAUGAUAAUGUCAGUAUGGGGCAAGAGCAUAACCCGAAAAAGACCCGCCAUGGUGACUUUGAGGAGGAAGAUCAUAAGAGAAGAGUUGGUAAAACUUCACAAGAUUUUGACAUAUCCUAUCUUGUCCUUCCACCUUUAGGUGCUUCAGUAAGUUCUAAUUAUCAAAGCCAAUGUUUGCUUAAAGGGAAUAUCAUCUCUCCCUUGAAUUCAAGAUACAGGUAUUGGGAAACAUUUAUGAUGAUUUUAGUGUUAUACUCAGCAUGGAUAUGCCCCUUCGAAGUCGCAUUUCUCAUCUCACGUCCGAAUGUGCACCUGAGCAUCGCAGACAACGUUGUUGAUCUCUUUUUCACUAUUGAUAUUGUCCUGACAUUUUUCGUCGCCUACAUUGAUCCCAUAACCCACCUGCUCGUCCUUGACAGGUCCAAGAUAGCAAAGAGGUAUAUUUCAACAUGGUUUGUGAUGGAUGUGGCCUCAACAAUCCCUUUUGAGACUCUAGGUUGGUUGUUUAGGACCACACACGUAGCUCGUGCCACUUUUUCUGUGCUAGGAUUGCUCAGAUUGUGGCGUAUUAGACGAGUCAAGCAAUUCUUUACCAGGCUCGAAAAGGACAUCAGAUUUGACUAUUUCUGGGUCAGAUGUGCUUGGCUCUUAUCUGUAACGACUUUUCUUGCACAUUGCGCUGGAUGCCUGUUCUAUUUGCUAGCUGAUCUCCAUCCAUCCAAAGGGAACACAUGGAUAGGUCUCAUGGAAGCUCAAAAUCCAGAUUAUAAGGACAAAAGCAUAAUGUUUAGAUACAUAUCUGCCAUAUAUUGGUCAUUGGCAACCAUGAGUACAGUCGGUUAUGGUGACAUCCAUGCGGUCAAUGCCUGGGAGAUCACAUUCGUCAUUGUGUAUAUGAUCUUUAAUCUAGGUUUAACUUCUUAUAUCAUUGGAAACAUGACAAAUUUGGUUGUGGAGGGGACACGCCGCACUAUGGAAUUCAGAAACACCAUAGAUGCUGCAUCAUACUUUGUGAGGCGAAAUCGCUUGCCUGUCAAGUUGAAGAAGCAGAUGAUAACCUAUAUAUGUUUAAGAUAUAAAGCAGAAAGCUUGAAUCAGCAAGAGCUGAUUGAACAGCUACCAAAGAGCAUUUACAUGAACAUAAAACAGCACCUGUUUUCUCCUGUGAUUGAGAAUGUUUACCUUUUCAAAGGUGUCUCCAGAGAAUCCCUUCUCUUCUUGGUACCAGAUAUUAAGGCUGAAUAUAUGGCACCAAGAGAAGAUGUCAUCUUGCAUAAUGAAAUCCUAGAUAGUGUCUACAUUAUUGUAUCAGGGGAAGUGGAAAUAAUCAACUUUGAGAUGGGGAAAGAACAAGUUAUUGGGAUUUUGAGAUCAGGUGAUAUCUUUGGAGAAGUUCCUUUGUUUUGUAACUGGAAAGAACGCUUUACAUAUCGAACCAGGACGCUUUCACAAUUGUUAAAGCUUAAAGUCAGUGUGCUGCUUCAAGCAAUGAAGAACAAUCAAGAGGAUAGUACGGCAAUGAUGGAAAAUUUUUUACAGUAUCACAAAACAUUCAAUGGAUUGCUCACUGGGACAAAGGAUGUAGGGGAAGGUAGCCCAAAACCAUCCAUGAAUUAUCUGCAAAAAUUUGCUGAUACAGAUUCGAAUUGGAAUACCUCAAUGUGGGAAACUAUAGCAGGAAAGCAGCGUGGUUUUCCACAUAAUGAAGAAAAAUAUGAGUCUGAGGAGGAAUUCUCUGAAGGGUCAUGUUCUUCUAAUGUAAGAAGAAUGAGGGUGAGCAUAUUUCUUGGCGAUCCUAAGUUAAGGAGAAAUGCACAAUGCAAUCAACCAGGAAGACUAAUCACCCUGCCAAAAUCACUUGCGGAGCUGAAAAGCAUUGCAGGUAAAAAGUUUGGAUUAGACGCAACUAAUGCAAUGGUGAUAGAAGAAGGUGGAGCUCAAAUUGAUUCCAUUGAAGUUAUAAGGGAUGGUGACAAACUUUUUAUUGUUGAAGGGAGCCCUUAA